UCUUGUUAAAGAUACGUGAACUGUAUCUUUAAAUCAAAUAUGAGUAGACGUUUAGCAGAAAAAUAAUUGAUGUAGCUGAAUCCUUGCCUGUGUAAUAGUGCAUGUUAUCCUAAGUAAGUUAGAGUAGUCGUUCUUUCUUUACUAAAAACAAGGAAGUAAAUACUGCGUAUUAAAGGUAAAGAGUUUUAGAACAAAUAAGGGCACUUAAAAGAGAUUGAGAGUGAUUGGUUGUUGUUGUUUUUCGUAAAAAUACAUGGACUGAAGUUCAAAUUCAAAUAUGGGUAAGAGUUUAACAGAAAAGGACUUUGAUCAAGUAGAAUCCUGGAUCAGAACCGGACCCAAAACAUUCAAUCUGCUGUACAGCAUAACAAGGGAUGGCUGUGACGCGAAGGUGUUUCAUCAGAAAUGUGACAACCAAGGACCUACACUUACAGUCUUGUACAACAAGGAGGGUUCCGUGUAUGGAGGGUACACAUGUAUCAGCUGGGAAACACCAACAGUGUCCUACACUGACAAAAAUGAUAAUUUGGCCUUCAUUUACCAAUUAUAUUUUUCUGGGAGUAAAACGCCCAAGAAAUUCUCAAUAAAAACCGGACAUACAGCCAUUUAUUGUGGGUCGAACGUAGGACCAUUGUUUGGAGGUAGUAGGGCACACGACAUAUACACAUUUUCUGGCACCGUUCAAAAGUCUUCUUCAGGAGAAUACAACCUGAAUGGACAAAUGAGUACAAACUUUGGUUUCAACUACGAAACACAAGAAACAUUGUACUCGGAAGUCAACAACGGACACAUCAGAGUAACGGAGUUGGAGGUGUACGCCGUCAAAGAUGGUCAGAGAGCAAAGCCAGAUUUACCGACUCCUUGGCGGAAAACUGCAGAAUGGGGACCAAAGUUGCUAGAGCGUUUGACAGAAGAAGUGAAAGGCAUCCAUCCCCCUGAAGGUCUUGACAUCCCACAUUUCAACAUUCUUUUGAUGGGGCCUUUAGGGUCGGGUAAAUCGAGCUUCUGUAAUUUGGUGGCGUCUGUGUUUCGGGGAAGAAUAUCACAACGGGCUAGAGUUGGUGGAAACUCGCAAUCCAGUACAACCAUCGCGUUGACGCCGUACACGUUUGGGGAUAAAGUCAGCCUUCAGCUCUACGACACGAGAGGCUUAUCGGAGACGGAUACACUGGACCUUCUGCAAUGCAACUACAUACUAGACGGUCACGUUCCAGAUUUUUAUAAGAUAUCAACUAGCCAUCUCUUAACAAGUAAGGACGCCGAAUUUCGGCAUACACCCGCUUUGAGAAACGAGACCCAUUGCGCUGUGUUCGUACUGGAUGGAUCGUCUGUUGGUUCUAUGUCCAAACCAAUACUGCAGAAGCUUUUGUCCUACAGGGAUCUGUUGAACCGAAAAGAGAUACCACAAGCCGUAUUGAUCACAAAAAUUGACAAAGUCUCCGAUACAACGGCUGAGAACAUUAGCAAUACGUUCCUCAGCCCAACAGUAAAAGAGGUCGUCGACAAGGUUUCAGGCCUUCUGAACCUUCCACGGAACAGUAUUUGGCCAGUUAAGAAUUAUGAAGAGGAAGUGGAAAUCGAUGAGGACAUCAACAUCCUUGCUAUGCUAGCUUUGCGACAGAUCCUGUUCUUAGCGGAAGAUUAUUUGGAGAAUAUGAAAGUAAAGCAAAGAAGGGCAAAUAGUAGCCAGGUAGAAAGUGGUGAACGCGGAUCAGACACUGCCUAAAUAUUUUCAUAUAUAAACAUAGAAAAGGUUAAAGACUUAAGAUGAUAAACUUUUCGAAAAACGUGUGGCAGCAGUGGGUACAACAUUAUACUGCAAAUUUGUUAAAUUGUCAGGUGUUUGGAUCGGAAAUGCCUAAUUGAAGUGAUAUAUUAACAUGGAAACUCACAUUGGAGCGUCAAAUACUUAAGCAAAAAAAUAGCUUUUCUAAUGAUACAAACAUUUUAUAGGCCACUAGGCAUCAUCAUUUAACAAAUUGGUAAUUGGAUUUAAUGGAAUCGUCAGUCAAAUAGCUCAUAAGUGAGUAGAAUACCUUUAAAUGAACUUUAGUGAAAUCAAUAUUUGCACUGCGAGAAUUUUAUAUUUUGCUUGUGUUUGUUGUGAUCACUUUUGGAAGAUUUCAUAUAAUUUAAUUUUUCAUUUGAAUCUAAAAUGUUACUUUAGCUUCGUUUGUAUUCACCGUUUACCGUGUAUCCUUCGCAUAGUUAUGUUUAUUUAGGUAUAUCUAUUUGUUAUUCCGUACGUACAUUGUGGAUUGUUCAUACGGUUGUACUGAUACUGAAAGUGUAAACGUUUAAUUUGCUGUAAAGAUUAAAAUCAGUCUAAUACUGUAAUGACUUAACUGUUUGAAACUAUUUCUACUCAUAAACAUAAUUUUGAAAUCAUUUCAAUUGUAUUUAAACUAUUCAUAUGUACUUACUUAUAUGUUCUAAACCGCAUUAAACUACUAGAGUAAGCCUUGUACCAAUUGUUCUUUGCCACAAAAAAUGGUGACAACUAGCAAGACCCAUACAUGGAUACAGAUUUGCUUCCGUAAUGCAACAUCUAUUUGAUGCAU